ACGUCUAGCACGUCCGAAUAAGCUUUCUAAUACGUGAAACGCCAAUUAUAAAUUUAUAAUCCUGUCCUGUGAAUCUGUGAUUUGUUACUUUAGCAAAUCACGGUUAUAAUUUUGGCCAAGCAACCUCGCUCCAAAGUCGUACUCUCUCUCUCUCUCUCUCUUCCUGUGAAAAUUUGAUGCAAUUGAAAGUGAUAGAUGAGGGCUUCCAUCUCUUCUUAGAAAGGAAUAGGUUUUGGAGAUCUUAGAGUCUCUGUAAGGUUAAACUCACAAGCAAUUUUUGGCGACUUACAAUUGGGUCAUAAAACUUGACCAAUGGGUGACAAGCUUUUAAACUUCUGGGGCCCAGUCACAUCCUCUAUUGACUGGUGCGAGAAGAAUUAUGUUUAUUCAUCUUAUAUUGCAGAAUUUUAUAACACAAUAUCAACUAUACCAACUAUUACUUUGGCUAUCGUUGGCCUCAUAAUUGCCUUAAGUCAGGGUUUUGAGAAGAGAUUUACUGUUCUUCACCUUUCAAAUAUGAUACUUGCAAUGGGGAGCAUAUUAUUUCAUGGAACACUGCAACGUGUGCAACAACAAAGUGAUGAAACUCCAAUGGUUUGGGAAAUGCUCCUUUACAUCUAUAUCCUCUAUUCACCUGAUUGGCACUAUCGAAGCACAAUGCCCACCUUCCUCUUCCUCUAUGGUGCUGUAUUUGCAAUUGUCCAUUCGCUAUUCCAUUUCGGGAUUAGCUUUAAAGUUCAUUAUGCGGUGCUCUGCCUCCUUUGUAUCCCUCGGAUGUACAAAUACUACAUCCACACGAAGGAUCCUGCAGCCAAGCGUCUUGCAAAGCUAUACGUGGCCACUUUAUUCCUUGGGAGCCUAUGUUGGGCUUGUGACCGUGUUUUCUGCGAUCACGUAUCUGACUGGCCUGUCAAUCCACAAGGACAUGCUUUGUGGCACAUCUUCAUGGGCUUCAAUUCCUACUUCGCAAAUGCAUUUCUGAUGUUUUGCCGGGCCCAACAACGAGGGUGGUCCCCUAAGAUUGUUCAUUUCUUGGGCCUUUUCCCUUAUGUGAAGAUCAAGAAACCGAAAACCCAAUGAUGAAGACACAAUUUUGCGAAGCUGGUCGAACAACCUUUUUCCUGUUGCCGUAAGUACUCUGCAAUUUCAUGGGCCUUGCUUGUUAAGUUUGGCUGGGUUGACCAGUGCGAGGAUCUUGUCGAGUAGCACACUUCUUACCAACCCAGCAAGCCCCCCUUUAAAAAAAAAUCUGCAAUAUCAGGGGCCUGACUGCCUGAGGACUUGCUGACAUAGUAAUUAGUAUGUUUUGAAGCACGGCUUGCGACGCAAACUAUACAAUUAACCAUACAUACAACAGUAGACGGUCACAAGCAUUUUUGCAUGAGCAAAUAUUCCACUUCUUUUUGGUUUUUCUUAUUGUUUUAGGGUCUAGAUUUCUUGAAGUUAUGGUAGUUUUCUUAUCAGAAGUCAAGUAUAGGAUCUAUAAUUCUACAUUAAGUUUACAUCUUCUUCAUUUUAUGGCAAAUUAAAUUUCUUGAUUCACUUGUUAGCUUAUUGUUACCCAGAUUCUGAAACUACAAGCUUUUGUUUAUUCAUCUUAGUAAUACAGAUGUUAAUUCUCUUAUCUUUA